CACUCUCUCUCUCUCUCUCUCUCUCACAUUCCACAAAUUCUGUGAGACCCGUUCGAGUUGCAGUGUUUUUUCUUAUUGAGUCCAAUACCCUCAAUUGAGGCCUUUUAAUUCGGUUUUUCCUAGUUUUAAGGACAGAGUUCUCUGUUUGUUGUUCACCUACAUAAUCUCUUUUGAUUGAAGAAAGAAGAAAAAUGACGAAGCAGAACGCGGUAGUUUCUGAUACGAAAUCGGGUAUCAACUUGGCGAUAACGCUGGCGGUGUCCAACUCGUCGCUGUUUGCGACGGCGGCACAGAAGCCGCCGUUGGUGCCAUUGCCGGGUGGGUACAUGAAUAUCACCAUUUCAAGGAGAAAGCUCCUGCAGCUCCAAGACCUUGAAAUCAAUGGAGCCGCCAGAAUCAACGCUUGGGUUGACUCAAUGAAAGCUUCCUCUCCCACCCAUAUCAAAUCCACACCCUUUCUCUCUGUUUCUGAAGAUCAUAGCUCUUGGAUGGACAACCACCCAUCAGCACUGGACAAGUUUGAGCAAAUAACAAAUGCUUCUAAAGGGAAGCAAAUUGUGAUGUUUCUCGACUACGAUGGCACACUUUCCCCGAUCAUCGAGGACCCUGAUCUUGCUUUCAUGGAUAGAAAGAUGAGAAAAACUGUGAGAAAACUUGCAGGAUAUUUUCCCACUGCUAUAGUGAGUGGAAGGUGCAGAGAUAAGGUAUACAACUUUGUAAGAUUAGCAGAGUUGUACUACGCCGGAAGCCAUGGCAUGGACACAAAAGGACCAUCCAAAGGCUCCAAGUAUGAGAAAGAUAGCCAAGUUGUGCUCUUUCAACCAGCCAGUGAAUUCCUUCCCAUGAUCGAUGAGGUUAUUCUUCACUCUUCAUCUUAUAAAGUGUACCAAGCUUUGUUGGAGACAACCAAAUCUACUCCGGGUGCUAAGGUGGAGAAUAACAAGUUUUGUGUCUCCGUACAUUUCCGCUGUGUCGAUGAGUUGAAAUGGAGUGAACUGGCACAGCAAGUAAGAUCUGUGCUGAAGGAGUACCCAAAGCUUCGGAUGACGCAAGGGAGGAAGGUGUUAGAGAUCCGUCCUACUAUUAAAUGGGACAAAGGGAAGGCUCUUGAAUUCUUGGUAGAAUCACUUGGGUAUUCCAAUAAUACUGAUGUAUUUCCUGUUUAUAUUGGAGAUGAUCGAACAGACGAAGAUGCAUUCAAGGUAAUGUUCAAAUACUUUGGUUUUUCCAGUGGGAAGAAAGGUGCUAAGAGAAAGGGGACAAGGUUUUGGCAUUCUAGUUUCCAAAAUUCCAAAAGAUACCAAUGCCUCAUAUUGUUUAGAGGAACCAUCUCAGGUCAUGGAUUUUUUGCAACGGUUGGUUCAGUGGAAGAGAGAAUCUUUAAAACGGUAACUGAAGAUGCAAAGAAGAAUUGAAGAGAUAAAUGUACCCCUGCCAAACUAACAUAAGUCUAGGGUUGGGAUGCAUAUUUAUAUUUUGUUGUUCAAAUAUACUGAAUGAAAGAACAAGAGAGAAGGGGAGAAAAAAAAGGGCUCUGCUUCUUUUUGGCUUUAAGUCCUUGUAGUUGUACACCUUAUACCUAGAGGUACAGGGAACAUUUUAUAAUUGUCCAAGUUGUAUGAAUUCAUGUAAGUGUUUUUUUUUUUUUUU